GCUAGCGGCUAGGGGGCGUAGUCUAAUGGCUGAAAAUAAUUAUGGAAGCUAACAAAAUGACGCGGUAGCUAACCGACUAAUUGUUUUAUAUUACCGAUGUAUUGGCGCAUAGUUUCCAUGUUAAAAAAAGCUAUGUGUACGGGGACACAUGUGAGAAGUGCCAUAAGAACUGAAGUCAAUAAUGGCACGGCCUUGCUUUUACUGCCAUUGGCGUUUGUUAGCCUGGUAGCUAACUGUAGCCGCUUCUGUUCACUAGCGACGGAACCCACUGACCGCAUCUGGUUUAAGUUACGUUUAAAUUAUUUCUGAUUGAUAGCAGACAUACUUAGCUGACAAUGUCAGCUUUAUCCAUAAUGAACGAUAGUCCUGUCCCACCUUAGUUAGAACACCAGCGUUAAACCAGUGGUGGCUGUACGCUGGGCUUUUCAUGCUAAGCACCAGCAGCUGGCUAACAUUAGCGAUAGCUUCCGUCGUUGGUGUUAUUACAGCUAUACAACGACGUUACGUAACAGUCAGCGACACUGGUAUGCUACCAGAUCUAAUUUAGCAACAAAUGGCGAACAAAGCUACAGCUUAAUUGACCAAACGUGCAUUAUUUAAGCGUUUUGUAAUGAACACCCGCUCAAGUUGAACGUAUUAAAAGGCCUCGUAUUUCCGUUCACCAUUCAUGUUUCUCACGUAACGUUACACCGCCCACUCCACUGGCACACACUAGGUGGUGACAGCAACUUGUGCCCAUAGUCGUGUACAAAAGUCUUUUAAUGACUAAAAAUAUAUUUGUACGCAGCACUAAGUGUCAAAAACUACAAUUUUUCUAUGUGACGUUGGAGCAUGAUGAAGCUGAGAGUGCGUAAAGCUCCUCAGCAGCCAAACUUUGGCCGUCGAACACACCCGUCCCAGGCCAAACGGAAACACCGUGAAGUGGAGCCGUCCCCGGUGAGAGGUCGAGGCAAAAUGCAGAAGAAUGAAACAGGCCUUUUCUCCACGAUCAAGAAAUUCAUCCGUGGAAAUGCUGUCAAGGUGGAGCCGGAUAUCCCCGCAAAGAGGAGUCGUAUUGAUUGUAAUCCUGAGAGCGAUCUAAUUACUUCAACACCACAGACUAGAGGCCUUUCCAACAAAACAGUCUCCAGAGUUUGCCGGAAAAGUCCAGAGAAAGACACAAUGACGUGCAACAGUAAACCCAUGAAGCCGAAUGGCAAACUGGACGUCCCCGUUGAGGCAGCGAGCAGCCCACCACGCACAACCCUGCUCGGCACAAUCUUCUCUCCGGUCUUCAACUUUUUCUCACCAGCAACUAAAACUGCCACUCCUGGUUCAGACUCUCCUGGCCAAGCGGUGGAGGCAGAGGAAACCAUCAAGCAGCUGGACAUCGAGCCGGCAGAAGAAAUGGCGAGCAGCACCCUCACGUCCACAGAGGGCAUCACUCCGUGUCACGCGGCCCCGGUGUUACCGCAGAGGCUUCAGAUUACCUCCGAUACAACCAUAGAAGAAGGACAAAUAGCCACUGAAACAGACAUGCCACCAUUAACGGCUCCUGGUUGUAUGCCAGGCGGCGGUUACCCUCAUGCGCUACCUUCAGCUCCUCCAGAAACCUCAUACGAAGAGGAAUGGGAAGUUUUUGAUCCGUACUUCUUCAUCAAGCACGUGCCUCCACUGACAGAAGAGCAGUUAACACGCAAACCAGCGUUACCUCUGAAAACACGCAGCACACCAGAGUUUUCUCUCGUCUUGGAUCUGGAUGAAACUCUGGUCCACUGUAGUUUGAAUGAGCUAGAAGAUGCAGCCCUGACAUUCCCUGUGCUCUUCCAAGAUGUUAUAUACCAGGUGUAUGUUCGGUUGAGGCCCUUUUUCCGAGAGUUUCUUGAGCGCAUGUCUCAAAUGUAUGAGAUUAUUCUCUUCACGGCUUCAAAGAAAGUGUACGCCGACAAGUUGCUCAACAUCCUGGAUCCGAAAAAACAGUUGGUCAGACACAGGCUGUUUCGUGAGCACUGUGUGUGUGUUCAAGGAAAUUAUAUUAAAGACCUAAACAUUCUCGGACGGGAUCUUUCUAAGACGAUAAUAAUCGACAACUCACCCCAAGCCUUUGCCUAUCAGCUUUCCAAUGGAAUUCCUAUUGAGAGCUGGUUUGUGGAUAGAAAUGACAACGAGCUUCUGAAGCUCGUUCCUUUCCUCGAGAAGCUUGUGGAGCUGAAUGAAGAUGUCAGACCGCACAUCCGAGAGCAGUUUCGUUUGCACAACCUCCUUCCUCCAGACUGACCGUGUGCUCGUCUCUCGGUCGGAGAUGGUAUCAACAUUGGAAAGAAGAUAAAAUGACUCCCAGAAGAAUAUACUCAACGGAUUUCUCUUUGCAAACAUUGCCAUUGUUAUUUUUUAAAUUAUGCAAAACAUUGAAAGUUAUGAUUGAGUCAAAAAGCCCUGGAUGUUUUUAUACACGCCAGAUUCUGAAAAAAGCAGAAGCACUCGCUGCGGCAGACUCUUCAUUCGUUUGUUUCUAGUGCGACUUUGAAGGCGGCCUCCUGGAAGGUCUGUUGAGAACCAUUUUGGAUUAACUAAACUGAAUGUCAUGCAGUGUUGGAUCAUAUGGACCUUGGUGGCUUCAGCCUGACCAUGAACGGACAGUCAAACCUGUAUAAUAUUCACUCUAUUUACUUGUAAAUAUGUGUAAAUAGGUUGUUUUUUUUCUUCGAGGGUUUUAAGUCAUUUUAUUUUCAUUUCAGAUUUUAGUAUUCUUUUGAUUCGGUUGCUUUUAUAAACCAACAAAAUGUUAGUGAGUUUUGUUUGAAGUUGUUGAUCAACAGCUGCUUUUCUGUUGUAUGCCUGCAUUAUUCCUGUGAUGCUUUACUCCAUUACAUGCAGUUGUCUGUAAUACGGUGCAGUUUAAAAAAAAAAAAAGAAGUAUCUUUGAGGGGGGGGAAAUGUUUCUGAAACAAUAUUUUAAAGUUAUAUAAUGUAAGCUAGACUUAUGUCUCAACUGAAUACAAAGCCAUAAUGGCUGAAUUUUAAAUUUGGAGAUUUGUAUUUGACAGUCCUUUGGGGGGGGUUCAGGAAUCUUGCACUUUGACAUCCAGCCCUUUGUAAGUUGAUGUAAAAUCUUGUCACUUUUCUAUACAGGUGUGAAUCACCUUGAUUUGUUAUGUGGGGUGGAGGGGGAGGAGAAUGAAAUUGUAGCACCAGCAAAUUGCCAACAUGUUUGCUUUGAAAUCUUAUUUUCCAAGACGUCGUGUAUGUGGGAUCUUUAUGAUGUAGGAGUCACAAGUUUUAUUGACUAUUGAAUGAUCACUCCUGUUGUAUUCAGUGUUACUCAAUGGUUUCCUUGAAAAUAAAUACAUUUUUAUACGA